UUGCAGGUCUGAGAGAGGGGGCAACUGCAGCAGAGCAGGAACCGUCAGGGCCAUCGGGGCAGCCCAGGGCAUGGCCCAGAGCGUGGUCUACGCCGACUUGAAGUUUGCCACAGCCCCGCCGGUCCCGGCCCCCACCUGCCCCGCAGCCCCCGAUGAGGACGACAGCCCCUAUGAGAACGUGCCGCUGGGGAUGGUGACGGCAGCGCCCAGCCCAGGGCGCUGGCACCGGCGUUGGCGCAUCCCUGCACGGCUGCUGGCAGCCAGCCUGCUGCUGCUGCUGCUGCUGGCGGCCACCGUGGCCCUGGGGGCUUGCUACUGGCAGGUCACCCGCAGCCUGCAGGAUGCCUCCCGUGAGCACGCGGCCGAGCAGGGCCGCCUCUCGCAGGAGGUGAGCGCACGGGAGCAGAGCCUGGAGCAGACGCGGCUGGAGCUGGCGUGGGCCAGAGCGGAGCUGCAGCGAGCCUGGCGGGAGGGCAACAGCAGCCAGCUGGAGCUGGGGAGCGCCAGGCAGGAGCUGGCUGUGCUGGAGCAGGAGGUGCAGGAGGUGCGGGGGGAGCUCAGGGCCAGCGAGAGCUCCGUCAGCAGCCUGCGCGCCUGCGUGAAUACAGAUUGCUGCCCCUCGGGCUGGGUGCUCUACAGGAGCAGGUGCCUCUUCAUCUCGGUGGAGAAGAAGACCUGGUGGGAGAGCUAUUACGACUGCAUGACGAAAUCCGCUCGGCUGCUGGUGCAAGGCGACUGGCUGUCGUGGACGGUGCCGCAUUUUGUGCAGGUGCACGGUGCCAUGUACUGGAUUGGAGCAAAAGUUUCUCCUGACAUGAAGAGUUCUAUUGUAUGGCUGGACAGCAAGCCGUUUUACUUGUACGACCGUUCUGGAGACUGCGGAAUAUCAUCUAAUGGGAAAAUAGAGAGUUCAAAAUGUGUGAAAAGGUACCAGUGGAUCUGCGAGCAGCCUCCGAAGCUGAGCAGCGCAUCCAAGACCCUCCUUCCUCUCCUGAUCGAGGAGUGACUGGGCUGUCACCCCACUCCAUUGCAGCACUCGGGGACAGAAACUGGGGGUGCACCCCAAGACCCUCUCCCCUGUGCACGCAUUGCCUCAACUGUGUUGCAAAGCGCUGGGAAAGAGUGUCUGUAUUUUAAAGCAA